UCGAAAUCUCAUCAAAUACACAGAAUGAAAUCUUUAGCCUUUGUACUUUUAUUGUUUUUUAAUCUUUCGGGAAUAAAUUCCCAACAAGAAGCAUUUGAAUGCACACCACAAGUUGCAAGAAUGCAGGCAUUAACUUUUUGUCAGUUUGUAAAUCAAUCAGCAGCUGAUAAAGAUGUAUCAAGAGUUAAGGUUAUUCCAACUAUGUUUCAAGGUCAAUAUCUGCAAAGUUCAUCAGUUACUGCAGUUCAAUUUGCAGCAUGUAACUUUGAUCAUAUUCCAGCAGUGAUUUAUAAAAAUUUUGGACCAAUAAGAUGGAUUAGGGUUCAUUACAGUACACUUAAAAGUAUCAACAGUGACGACUUUAAGUCAGCAACUGACCUGAAAAAAAUUGAGAUCACAGACACUAAAAUCGCAAAGAUAUCAGCUAAAGCAUUUAGUUCUGCAAAGAAUUUGGAGGAAUUGUCAAUAACGGGAUCUGAAAUUGGAAGCUUCUCACCUGAUGCAUUUGACGACCUCGAGAAUUUAAAAACUGUGAAUUUAAAAGGAAAUAAAUACAGCCAAGGCGCACCAACGUUUAAUAAUCCAGUCGUGAAUGUAAUAUUCUCAUAAAACUGUCAUAGUACUUCCAAUAAAAAAAAUAAAAAUAUUUUCUCACCAAAUCGAAAUAAAAAAGAUCGAAACAGUUUGAUGAGUCAAGUGGAAAAUAGCAAGCAACUUUACGC